AUGCCACCAAUCCGCACAGCACGCGCCUCGAAGAAGGCCCCACCUGAUGGCUUCGAAGACCUGGAAGAUACACUUCUCGAAUUCCAGAACAAGAUGAAAGACGCCGAGAACGCAUCGCACGAGGGCAGAAAGAAGUACGAAAUGACAUGGCCCAUCUUCCAGAUCACCCACCAGCGCUCACGAUACAUCUACGACAUGUACUACGAGAAAGAAGCCAUCAGCAAGCAACUCUACGACUACCUGCUCAAGAAUGGUUACGCAGACGCCAUGUUGAUUGCGAAAUGGAAGAAGCAGGGCUAUGAAAAGCUGUGCUGCACAAGGUGCAUUCAGACCAAGGAGACAAACUUUAGGUCGACGUGCAUCUGUCGCGUGCCCAAGGGACAGAUGAAGGAGGGCCAAGAUAUCCAGUGCGUGAACUGCGGCUGCAGAGGAUGCGGUUCUAGUGACUGA